GAGACCCAUCUGCGACGGUUCACUGCCCCAAUCACCGUUAUCUUCCUCAAAACGAAUACUAAAAGUAAUAACUUGUGUUUCCUGCUCCGUCUUCUUCUUCCACUUAGUUCCAUUUUCCUCUCUUUUUCUUUUUUCCUCUCUUCUCUAGAACGAUGCAGCAGGUGAUCGUGCGCAAGCAAGGACGCUACGACUACAGCCAUUGGUCGUCGCGCGUGCUGACGCUGGUCCCCGUGACCGGCAUGCUGCAGCUCAGCAAGAAAGGCUCCCCCAACCAGAUCGACUACCACGCCAUGCAGCCGACGCGCAUCGAGGUCUGGCCGCACUACGACCGCAAAUACGUCGAAGAGGACUUCGACAGCUUAUCUGCGAAGCUGACGAUUCGCUUAGUGGGGAGCGCCUUUCCGAAUACGGCGGCAGCGAGCUCGAGGCGCGUGUCGCGUAUGGUGAACAGCGCGGGUGUUGGUUGCGAUGAGGCGUGGGUGCUGCGGUUUACUUCGCUGGGGGCUUUGGAGGAGGCGCUGCUGGCACUGGAGAAGCUGACGCAACUGCACUCCUGCGAGACGAGCGAUGGCAGCUUCGGCGAUGCGACGAAGGCAGAGCCGUGUGCGCAGUUACCGAUGAGCGCGAAGGAGCUGUUCGAUCCAAUUCGCCGUGCGUGGCUGCAGGAGCAGUGGAAGAAACAGGACAAGAACGAUGCCGUCGGUGCGCUCUGA